GCUGCCUGCUUUAAGACAAAGAGAAUUUGUUGCAUCCGUCUCCAGCUUUGAGGCGUCUCUCAGAGGCCAAACUCAUACAAAAAAGAGCGCGUCGACACGCAUCAGAGUCCAGAUCUUACAGACCGACUAUCUACAUCCAUAUUGCGCAAAGAAACGUGGUCUUCAGGGCGCACAGGUGGGUGCGCUCUCUCCAAGGUGCCAACAGCUCGGUGUGCGCAGCGCAUCCGCUGCAGUUUUGGACACCAGAACGCAGCGCUGCAGCUGAAACUAAAUGCUCUCAGAUAUCACCUGAUUUAUUCGUUUGUUAUUUCGUUUUUUAAGGGGGUAAAGAUGGAUUUGUAUGCCCGGUAGUCUCGUGGAGAGAGGAGGGGACAUGGGCGGGGCCGAGGCGCCUCUCGUCUCCCCUCCACGCCUAGCGGGGCAGCAGGGCUGGAAAGACCUCCCGGGAGCACAGUCGCCAGUCCAACACGGAGACCCUCCUGGCCAAAAAAAGGCGCCUCUCAGUCACCAGGAUUGCCAAAAAUUCCUGAAAAAUAUACCUGCUAUUUAUGGCAUGUGGCUUGUAACUUUACUCCUGCUGUACUCUCUCCAAGAAGUACACAGUGAGGAUGUGGGCUCUACCAGGCUGUACUUUGUGAAUGCUUCCCUGCAGAGGGUAACCUACUCCAGCUCCGUGGGGGUGUCCCUACCCUGUCCUGCAGGGGGCACCCCCAGUGCCAUUCUGCGCUGGUACCUGGCCACCGGCGAUGACAUCUACGAUGUGCCCCACAUCCGCCAUGUGCAUACCAAUGGCACCCUCCAGCUGUACCCCUUUUCCCCCUCUGCCUACAACAGCUACAUCCACGACAAUGACUACUUUUGCACCGCCGAGAACCAGGCCGGCAAGAUCCGCAGCCCCAACAUCCGCAUCAAAGCUGUUUUCAGGGAGCCCUACGCUGUGCGGGUGGCGGACCAGCGCUCGAUGCGGGGCAACGUAGCAGUGUUCAAGUGCCUCAUCCCUGCUGUCGUUCAGGAGUAUGUCAGCGUUGUGUCCUGGGAGAGAGACACCGUUUCCAUUGUUCCAGGUAACAGGUUCUCACUGACCUCCUUUGGGGCCCUUUACAUCUCUGAUGUUCAGAAGGAGGACGCCCUCUCCACAUACCGCUGCAUCACCAAGCAUAAGUACAGUGGUGAGACACGGCAAAGCAACGGGGCCCGGUUGUCAGUAAUGGACCCCAGCGAGUCCUCGCCCGUCAUCUUGGACAGUUUCCAAGCAGGGGAAGUGUACGCCGGGCAGAGCAUUGACCUCCCCUGCAUAGCGGGCGGCUACCCCAGCCCCACAGUUCGCUGGCUAAAAGAUGGCCGACCUCUGCCCUCAGACGCCCGCUGGACACGACGCCUGACGGGACUCACCAUCAGUGACCUGAGACAGGAGGACAGUGGCAGCUAUGCCUGUGAGGUCACCAACAGCUUUGGCUCAAAGGAGGUUUCUGGACAGCUUCACAUAAUAGAUCCACUGAGGGUGACCUUGUCUCCUAAGAAUCUGAAAACAGGCAUCAGCAGCACACUUUUCUUCACCUGUAGCGUGGAAGGCUCUCCUGAGUACGCCAUCACCUGGUACAGGAACACGGAGCCUAUCAUCCCUGACCAGCACAUCUCCAUCCAGGGCCAACACAACGACACCCUUCAGAUCACCGCAGCACAAAAGUUUCACUCCGGGGCCUACCAGUGCUUCGCCUCCCGAAAGGGCCACACUGCUCAGGACUUUUCCAUUAUUUUGUUAGAGGAUGGUACUCCUCGCAUUGUGUCUUCCUUCAGCGAGCGAGUGGUGAACCCCGGCGAGCCUUUCUCCCUCAUGUGUGCUGCCAAAGGAGCCCCGCCCCCUUCCAUCACCUGGACCCUGGACGACGAACCCGUCGUACGAGACUCCACCUACAAGACCAGUCAGUACACCCUGUCAGACGGCCUCACCGUGUCCCACGUGAAUGUCAGCAGUCCGCUCAUUCGAGAUGGGGGAGUGUAUCGUUGCGUCGCACGCAACUCGGCCGGUAGCGCCGAGUACCAAGCGCGCAUAAACGUAAGAGGUCCACCUCAAAUUAGACCCAUGCGAGACAUCACAGCAGUGGCGGGCAGAAACACAUAUAUAACAUGCCGUGUGAUUGGGUACCCCUAUUACUCCAUCAAGUGGCUGAAGGACGGCAUGCAGCUGCCUGAUAAUCAUCGUCAAGUGGUGUUUGAGAAUGGCACCCUGAGGCUCACAGACGUGCAGAAGGGCGCCGACGAGGGGACCUACUUGUGUAGCGUUUUGAUCCAGCCCCAGGUGUCGAUCAACCAGACCGUCCACGUCACCGUCAAAGUGCCACCGCUCAUCCAGCCCUUCGAUAUCCCCUCUACCUCAGUGGGGAAGCUCAUGUACAUUGCCUGCGUGGUGUCAUCUGGGGACAUGCCCAUUCGCAUCACCUGGCACAAAGACGGCCAGCUCAUCGUGCCAGGCUCGGCCUCUGGCGUUGCAAUUGAGACCAAAGAGUUCAUGAGCUCCCUACAAAUCUCCAAGGUUACGCUGAAGCACAACGGAAACUACACCUGCAUCGCCAGCAAUGCUGCUGCCACCGUCAGCUGGGAGAGACAGCUGAUUGUCACUGUGCCGCCACGCUUUGUGGUGCAGCCCAACAACCAGGACUGCAUAUAUGGAAAAGCAGGAGUUCUGAACUGCUCAGUGGAGGGUUACCCACCUCCAAAGGUCAUGUGGAAACACGCCAAAGGUGUUGGAAACCCGCAGCAGUAUCAUCCCAUCCCUCUCACUGGUCGCAUCCAGAUCAUGUCAAACGGCUCUCUGCUUAUCCGACAUGUUCUUGAGGACGACCGAGGAUACUACCUCUGUCAGGCCUCCAACGGUGUGGGCUCAGACAUCAGUAAAAGCAUGAUCCUCACUGUCAAAAUUCCUGCAAUGAUCACCAGCCACCCCAACACCACCAUGGCCAGGAAGGGCCAGACCAAGGAGCUGAACUGCACGGCACGAGGCGAGCAGCCCAUCAUUAUCCGCUGGGAGAGAGGAGACACGGUCAUUGAUGCAGAGAGAAAUCCCCGGUACUCCAUCACCAUCAACAAGAAGGGAGAUGAAGUCAUCUCCACCCUGAAGCUGAACCCAGCCGAAAGAGGAGAUUCAGUCUUCUUCUCCUGUCAUGCUAUAAACUCCUAUGGAGAAGGUCGAGGUCUCAUCCAGCUCACAGUACAAGAACCACCAGAUCCCCCUGAGCUGGAAGUCAGGGAGGUGAAGGACAGGAGCAUGAACCUGCGCUGGAUCCAAAGAUUUGAUGGCAACAGCAUCAUCACCAGCUAUGACAUUGAGUACAAGAACAAGUCAGACUCUUGGGAUCACAUGUACACAACCAGGAAUAUCUCUCCAACCAACAAUCAAGCCAACAUUGUGGAGUUGCACCCAGCAUGUGUUUACAGCAUUCGCAUGUUCUCCUAUAACAAAAUUGGUCGCAGCCUCCCCAGCAAAGAACUCACAAUCAGUACUGAGGAAGCACCACCUGAUGGACCACCGAUGGACGUGAUCCUGCAACCAAUGACGUCUCAGAGCAUUCGAGUUACAUGGAGGGCUCCUAAGAAGGAGCUGCAGAACGGGGUGAUCCGAGGCUACCAGAUUGGUUACAGGGAGAAUGGCCCAGGCAGCAACGGCCAGUACAGUAUCGUGGAGAUGAAAGCUACGGGGGACAGUGAAGUGUACACGUUGGACAACCUGAAGAAGUUUGCUCAGUACGGGGUUGUUGUCCAGGCUUUUAACAGAGCCGGCACGGGCCCAUCCAGCACCGAGAUCAACGCCACCACGCUGGAAGAUGUGCCGAGUGAGCCCCCUCAGAACGUGAGAGCCAUCUCAGUGACGUCAGACGAAGCGGUGAUCACGUGGGCGGAGCCUCCCCGCAUGACGCUGCACGGCGUGCUGAAAGGCUACCGGGUCGUGUUUUGGUCCCUCUUCCCUGACGGAGGUGGGUGCUGUGGGGGCCAGGCCCAGUGGCCAAUGCAGAAAUGGGGCGAGAUGCAGAACAUCACCACCACCCGUGAGCAGGUAGAGCUGCGAGGGCUGGACAAGUUCACCAACUACAGCGUCCAGGCCCUGGCCUACACCCAGGCUGGAGACGGAGUCCGCAGCAACGUUCUGUACAUCCAAACGCGCGAGGACCUUCCCGGUCCACCAGCUGGCAUCAAGGCGGUUCCUUCCUCUCCCAGUAGCGUGGUCGUGUCCUGGUUACCUCCUCUCAAACCAAAUGGUGUUAUCCGCAAGUACACCAUCUACUGCUCCAGUCCAGGAUCCGGACAGCCGGCACCCAGCGAGUAUGAGGCCAACCCCGAGAUGCUCUUCUAUCGCAUCACACACCUCUCCCGUGGAAAACAGUACCACAUCUGGGCUGCGGCCGUGACAACCGCCGGCCGAGGCAACAUCAGCUCAAAGGUCACCGUGGAGCCUGCAGGGAAAGUUCCAGCUAAGAUCCUGUCCUUUGGAGGCACAGUCACCACACCCUGGAUGAAGGAGGUGCGUCUGCCCUGCAGCUCAGUGGGAGAACCUGCCCCCACAAUCAAGUGGACCAAAGACAGCGAGGACUCUGCCAUUCCGGUGACAGCUGACAGUCAGAGGCAGAUCUUAUCCAAUGGCACACUGGUGCUGCGGUCAGUCAAAGCUGAGGAUUCUGGGUACUACACCUGCACGGCCACAAACACGCUUGGUUUUGACACCAUCAUUGUGAACCUGGUGGUCCAGGUUCCUCCUGACCAGCCUCGUCUGACCGUCUCCACCACAUCCACCUCCUCCAUCACCCUGGCCUGGAUUCCUGGAGACAACGGAGGAAGCUCCAUCAGAGGGUUUGUGCUGCAGUAUUCUGUGGACAACACUGAGGAAUGGAGGGAUGUGUUCAUCAGCUCCAGUGAACGUUCCUUCAGGUUGGACAAUCUCCGCUGCGGAACGUGGUACAAAGUCAAACUGGCUGCCAAGAACAGUGUGGGCUCAGGUCGCAUCAGUGAAAUCAUCGAGGCUAAAACACACGGAAGAGAACCAGUUUUCAACAAGGACCAGCCGCUGCUGACUCACAUCAACUCCACUCACGCUGGACUCAACCUGCAGGGCUGGACCAGCGGCGGCUGCCCCAUCACCGACCUGAUGCUGGACUUCAGGCCCAAAGGCACCUGGGCCUGGCAGAGCCUCAAGGCCAACUCCACCAAUCAGCUGUUCCUCAGCGAGCUGCGCGAGGCCACGUGGUACGAGCUCAAAAUGAAGGCCUGCAACAGCGCUGGCUGUGGUAACCAGACCUCCCAGUUUGCUACCACCGACUAUGACGGCAGUACCAUACCUCCUAUUAAAUCCGCCCGUGGAGAAGGAGACGAUGUGAAAAAGUUGUUUUCCAUCGGCUCUCCUGUCAUCCUGGUCACUCUGGGUGUGGCUUUACUCUUUAUCAUCCGCAAGAAACGCAAGGAGAAGAGGCUGAAACGGCUCCGAGAUGCAAAGAGUCUGGCUGAAAUGCUCAUCAGCAAAAACAACCGCAGUAUAGACACGCCUGUGAAAGGUCCACCUCAAGGACCAAGGCUGCACAUCGACAUCCCUCGUGUUCAGCUACUUAUUGAGGACAAGGAAGGAAUCAAGCAAAUAGGAGAGGAUAAAGCAGUAGCACCGGUGACAGACACUGAGUUCAGCCAGUCAGUGAAUCCACAGAACUUCUGCACAGGGGUGUCCCUGCAUCACCAGGCCCUCAUUCAAAAUUCAGGGCCUCUGAUUGACAUGUCGGACAUCCGUCCUGGAACCAACCCAGUGUCCAGGAAAAGCAUAAAAUCAGCUCACAGCUCCAGGAACAGAUACUCCAGCCAGUGGACUCUGAGCCGACCAAGCCAGAGCCAGUCCACAGCCUCGGCACGAACUCUGACCUCGGACUGGCGGACGAUGGGUUCCCACGGCAUCACAGCAACAGAGAGCGAUAGCUACAGCGCCAGCCUCUCCCAAGACACAGAUAAGGGUCGAAACAGCAUGGUGUCAACAGAGAGCGCCUCCUCCACCUACGAGGAGCUGGCCAGAGCCUACGAACACGCAAAGCUGGAGGAGCACCUGCAGCACGCUAAGUUCACCAUCACUGAAUGCUUCAUCUCUGACAGCUCCUCCGACCAAAUGACCACAGGUACCAACGACCCGGCAGACAGCAUGACCUCCCUAAGCACACCAUCGGAACCGGGGAUCUGCCGCUUCACCGCCUCGCCACCCAAACCACAGGACUACGACCGGGGUAAAAAUGUGGCUGUGCCCAUUCCCCAUCGUGCCAACAAAAGUGAAUUCUGCAACCUACCGCUCUAUAUGAAGGCAGACCCAUUCUUCCGCAAGCAAGGGGAUCUGCAUGACCCGUGUCCAGCUGUGCCACCGCGGGAAGCCUCAAUCCGCAGCCUGACGCAGCGGGCGUACCACACCCAGGGCCGUCACAAGACUCUAGACCCUGCCAAGCAGCAGGCCCUGAUGCUGGGCCAUUCGGGGCUGGGCAGCUUGGGUGCGAGCUCGGGCACUGCCACCCUGCCCCAGAGAACUCUCACCAUGCCCAGCUCCAACAAUGCAGCAACAGCUUCCACCUCCAGCACGAGCAGCAACCCCACCAGCAGUAACAAGGUGGGGGGCUCCAGAGACUCGCUGCUAGAGAGCAGCUCCUCUGCACUGGGGAGACUGCAGAAACAGAGCGUGGGGGCCUACUCCAAGUCAUACACACUGGUGUAGUCCACCCCGCUGCGCUGACUCACUUCUCUGUCCUGCUCCUCAGCAAGUCAUGAGUCUGGACCAGAACAGGCAUGCAGCCAUCUCUCAUCAAACCAAACUAAGGGUGGACUGCCCAACCUCCUGUCAUAUUUUCCAUGCCCAGACAGAGACCCCAGCUAACCCUACUUUUUAUGUUCACGCAGAACUCUGUGAACAAACUACUAACUCCGACUAACAGUUCCAGUCGGCUGGUGCUCAGCUCCACCUGAUUUUCCCAGGAGACACACAGCGACAACAAAAAAGAAAAGAAAAAAUAAACAUGAUUUCUGUCAUUUAGAAAUGCUGACUGUAACAGAGGAGCUUAAAGCUCCGUUUUCACGACGAUGAAGACUACAAGAGACAGUAUGAAGCUGUGUGGCCAUGCUGUCUGUGAGAAAGGCAAUUUCUGUCCUUCUUAGUUUCUUUUUUUUCUUUCAUUUUGCAAGACUUCUAUUUAAGUUUCCCCAUUUUCUCUUGCCCUCUUUGUAUCUCUCAAAGUCCCAAAUCGUUAUUGGCAGAUGUGAUUCCAAAAGUAAUGAUUCAGGUUCACUUCCACAGUCAAUAAGCGUUCACAUCUGUAUUCUCCACUCACCUCUGCACAGAUGAACUCAAUAAUCAAACCAUUACAAUGCCCACAAACCAGCUGUAACUUCUCACAUCCCAAAUAGAGAAUAUUUGGUAUUAUAAAGAAUUUUACGUAUAUAUUUCUAUGUAGGUAUAUUGUUGACAUUUAAGUGAAAUUAUGACAAAGUAUAAAUGGUAUGUACUACAGCAGAAUGUAGUAUGUAAGGCAAUUUAAUAUUAUGGUCAAACAUUUAAUUAUGAGACAAUCGCUCAAUCAUUCAAUCUAAACAAAGAGGAGUUUUUAAAAGAAGGUUGGACUUAAUGAAGAAAAUGUUUAGAAUAUAUGUGAGACAUUCUGUAUGUUACUGUAUGUCGGCCAGCUAACAGAGGAGGAUGGGACAAAACACAACAUUCUGGGCUGUGAUGCCUUCCUAGUUGUGUUUUGUAGAAACAAUCAAGAGACAUCAGGAACAUCUGGGAUGUCAUGUGCGGAGCUGAUCUCUGUAAGUUUUCACUUUGCUCACCAAGGGCCACAGUAGCUAGUUGAGGUUAACACAACAACAUGCAGAAGCCAAAGCCACAUCUCAGAGGAACUCCAAAACACGUUCCAUAUUUCAGUUCUUCUUCUGCGAAAAAAGAUUAUUCCAGCCACCUUAAAUUGUAUUAAAGUUAUUAAUUGUACUACUUGUACAUAGAAAGCCUGAAUAGCCUGCUUUUCUGUCUACCAGGAUUGAUUAGCUAAAGGCUAGUCUACACUAACCAAUACCAAAGUGAGUUGCUGCAAGGUUAAAGCAGCUGAAAUCUUCUAAAUUUCAUGGUGGUUUCUGAGAAUGUUUUUGAACCAUCUACACUGCUCAGUUUCACAUUACAUGUUUUUUAGAUACUUGUUAAGAAAGUACUGCAGAAUUUGACCCUAGGAGGCUUUAGAAGUGCUACAUUUAGCUGUUGGUGAUAGUUACUCUUAACCAUUAAUGCUUCGUAAAGAACAGUGUAAUGCAAAAUGUAUCCAAAUGGGUCCACAGGUUUAUAAAAUAAAGAACACGAACAGAUAUUGAUCAAUUUAAAAGAGCAGCAUUGGUUUUUGGCUCUUUGGUAGCCAUUAGCCUACGGGUCCUUUUGGACAGAAGCUAUUUUUCAAAUCUCAGUCUGUCAGGAAGCUACUGUAUCUUGAACAUGUAAUAUAAUUAUUUAGAACUUAAUACACAAAAACACACUUCAAAGUGGCUGGAGAAUCCCUCUAUGGCCUGUUUUAAUGGUAAACACUGACGGUCUCAUAUGUUGGUUCUCCGUUUGCUGUGUCCCUCAGCCAGUUUUUGCUCUAUAAAAGAAAAAGGAGUCAAACAAAUCCCAGUCAUGUGAAUGAAGUAAAACAAUUAAAGUCUAGAGAUAUUAUAUGUCAGGGAGUUCAGUUUUGAAAUUUCUAUGAUGUUCACUGAAUUGAUAUCUUUGAUGUUGUCCUGUCUGUACUGUAAAAUAUGUCCUACUUUUCUUAUACGUUUCUCUUUUUUUGCACUGUUGUGACACAAGAACCUAUAGGAAUGUCUAGAUUUACGCAUUCCCAUGAUGGCUUUUUGGUUUUAUUUAACCAUUUGCUCUGUUUGUUUGUUUAAGGGGAGGGUGUUCGUUGGUCUGUUGAGUUUUGAUUUGUAAUGUUCACAUUGAUUUGUUUGGGUUUUUGUACAAAAUUUGGUUUCAGGGGUACAUCAUAAUUCAGCCAAGUAAAAUCAGGGACUCAUAGCUCUUUUGGCCAUUUAAACUGCUAUUGUAUUGUGUAUAUAUGGGACUGGAGUUGGUCUGUAAACCUGAAUCAUUUCGGCUUUUGUCGUUUUCCUCUUCUGAGAUGAAUUGAAGUACAAAUCCACCGACCUGACCAAACUAAAUCUAUCAUCUGUACCUUUUUUCAUUGUUGUUUCUAAAUUGAGUUUUGUACAUAAAACACAGUUUUGUAUGAAGAGCUAUUUUCUUCAGAAUAAAUCAGGGGACAUAUUAAAGUUAAUAAACCCCUUUUGCAAAAUUGAAAUAGUAUCAGAAAUAAGAUAGACUAUUUUACUUCGGAAAUGGGCAAAAAAGCUAAGAAAAAAAUCACUUUAUUUCCAUUUUUGUUUUUUGAUACUUUUUUUUAUUCUUUUGAUGUUGUCAUUUGUCCUCUUUACUUUUUUAUUAAUAUUUUUUGUUCAUCCUCAGAAAAGUCAUUGCAUGCUUGCUAAAGGGAAAAUUUGAUGGGAAAAAACUAUGAAAAUCAAAAACGUAAAAAAAUAACAAUGUUGAGGGCAUCCCGAACAUUUCUUUGAGUUGCUUGUUACAGCAAUUGCUUGUGUUCAAAGGUACAUUUUCUAUGAAAAGAAAGCAAAAACUAAAAAUGAUCAUUCUAACACCUUGUGCAAUAAAGCUAUCUUUCAUA